AUUUCAUCAAGGAGGAAGACGUCUUCAUCAUGUUUGCCACCCAGUCGCACCUUUCGGAUCCCCAGUAUGGCUACGAUUUCGUGGUGUCGACGACGGAGGCCAGCAUCAACGCAAACCUGCGCCAAUACCUGGAUGAGAAGGAUCAUCAAGAACAGUAUAUCUGCUUCCUGGCGGAUCCGAAAACGUUGAGGCCAAGUGAGCAAAUCUCACUGGAAGACCUGAAAAAGAAAAGUGGCUACAAUCCCUUUGAGAUCAGUGACAAGACGUCACCCAAGAGCCCUGCUGUGGCGGCACUGACCGCGCAGCGGUUUCUGGUGGGCAUCAAGAUCCAAAUGGGCCUGCCACCAGGUGUCGACAUGAAGAAAUUGCCCGUGGUGAUUCUGGGAGAUGAUGUCAAACGGGUCCGGUUCAACAUGCUGUGUGCCCAGUUCACGGUCAUCCAAAACACGCCUCAAAAUGGAUUUGGCGGAGACGGGCAAUGGGACGUCUGGAGUCAGGCGCAUGGCGAAUCAUGGACUGUGCAGGCGGAUGUGGACCUGAAAAUCGAGGACCUGGCCGAGGAACUGAACACAACAUACUUCAAAAAACACCCGGAGGAGCGGAAAGCACUACUCGCUCAACUGCAGAAUCUGUCUGGGUCGGCCUUUAGCCUGAAGCAGUUGUUGUUUGACUUGGAUAAUGCCUCACUGCAGAGCAACCUCACCUUUGGGGGCAUCGAGGCAGGCUCCGGCGCCCAGGUAAUCUUGCAAAAGUCCUUCACGAAUCUCUGGGCUGCUGCGGCCGCCGAAAAAGGCCAGCCCCUCGUUGCAGUGACCGCAGUCAAGGACGUGACCGAUCCCUCGCCGCUGGUGAUGACGAACUUUGCGCACGCAAUCAAUCCACCAAAGGAUGACGCAGGUAAGACGAUCAGUAUGCCAUCGCGGUCGCAGCAGGAUGUCAGCACACUCGAUCAUCUUUGUGCGAUCGAUGGCCAUGACUUAGCCGAUCCCUCACCGUUCCGGUGGAACUGGGUGCAGCCUGGUGAUGUCAACGAUAUGAGUGGUGUCAUCUCCGUCAACCGCAGGACCAUUGGUCAACUCUUCAUCAAUAAACUACUACCCGGGUUCGUCUAUAUGUGUUGGGAACCUCACGUCUCCCUCCGCAUGCCGAGCCCUACCUACUUCGAAGUGUUUGCAAUCCUGUUUGCGCCCAACAUGCCCCAGACUGCCACCGUGCCGGAAUCGGGUACGCAGAUAGUCAAUAUUGAAAGUGUUGGGGAAGAUUCUUCCUCCAUAAAGGCGGGACUUGCCUAUGGAAAAAUACGCAUCCGAUCCUCCUCUACCUGUGGCGUGGAAGUGCAAGGGAUACGGAUCACGGUCACGCAGCAAGUUAUAAUCAAUGUCUUUUGUCAAAUGUCCUGGGUGCAAUCAGAGGCCAAUGUAGUGCACAAAACUUACGUGAGCCAUUACGAUAUGACUGUUAACCAGUCCGGUGCUUUAGAAUUCACCCAAGCCGGGCAGCCAAGCGUCACGGAUAACUCGGACACCGGAGACAUCAGCAAAAUUCUGAAUUUUUUCUUCGGUAUUAAAGAUGUGAUGGAGUAUUUGAAGAGAACAGCUGACAAAACCAUUUCGCCAAAUAUUGAUCCUACUCCAUUAAACAGCCUGAACAACUUUGUCUUCCCGGGAUCGAAAGUCUUCACAUUCAAGGAGCCCAUCUUCUCUGACUACCAGGAUCUGGUCUGCCCCAUCACCUAUGUCGAUGUUCGUAACCCUCUGCGCGACCGCACAGGGGAAAGAGCCCAAGGAUGGUCGACCAUUGGAACAUUGACAGACCAGCCAUUCUCCAUGUCAGCCUCGACGGACCUGCUAGAUAAUUAUCUACAGGCCCAGUUGGCAUCCCCUACAGGAAAGUUCCAGGCUCUCCAGGCAGCUGAUGGCCGUGGACUACUCUUUUCCAUUGACAGUAGCGGCCAUUUCCAUGUCCUCGAGGAGCAGAUUCCAAGUGUCACUGGCUGGACGUCGAAGAAUCUGUCGGCAGUGGCCGUGAAUACUCACCUCCCGGGCCGAGAAAAUGCCCAUGUAGCCACUUUUGGUGUCGCCCAGAGCGUGAUAGACAGCACCAUUGGCCUCGCUAUGGCUGUUCGCGCAGACAAUACUGACAAUCUGUUUGUAUCGCGAGGAAAUUCCAGCUCCACCACAGACUGGCUCCAAAGUCCCGAAUGGACUCCACUUCCCUUUGAUCCCAAGGGGAAAUCCGGCGCUGCAAUCACAAUCCGGGGCAUUUUAUUCGCCGAAUCUACAGGAAGCAAGGAAUACCUCAUUGUGGACAUUGAUCGCGCACUGAGUUCGUCGACAAAGCAGGUGGAACGGUACCACAUCGAUCUCUCCAAGGCCAAUGGUCACUACUGGGUCAAACACGAUAUGCCUGUCGACGUCUCUAGCUGUGACUAUCAGACCUGCGCGGGACGAGUGCCAAAGGCACGCGUUGAUGGAGUGUACACUGCUGGCGAAACUGGAGGAUCCCCCCAGCUGGUGUAUGUGCCUAUUGUCAACGCUUAUGGUCACGGUCCCCCGGCGCCCCGCCGGCUCAAGCUUCCAAAUGGCGAUACUGCGUCCGCCAUUGCAUCUGCUCGGAAUGGACUCGAAGGCGCACCCGAACUGCAUGCGACGACUGAGCUGUACGUCACGAGUGGCUCCAAGCUCUACCGAUUCGCGGCCGAUCAGCAGGAGGACGGUAGCUCGGCCACGUUGCUACUCCAGAACGAGAUCUUUUCAGAGACAACCGCUCUUAUGGCCACGAUAGAUAAGGAGGUUACGACCCUCUGGGGCAAGAAUGCAAACAAUCAGGCCUAUUAUCUCGCGUGUCCAACCGACCAGCUAUCACUGCCUGGUUCUUGGAGUGCACCGGUUCCCAUCCUGAGUGACGUGGAGCAUAUCUCGGCCUAUGUAAACUGCGUCGACGGAGGCAAGACCGUCUUUGCGUCCGGUGGAAACUCGCUGUUUAAGAUUGUGCAGGCAACUGAGUCGGGUGCCAAGUUAUGGAAAUCCCAGAACAUAACCAUUGACGCGCCUGCAAAACAGAAGAAAGUGCUUCCGUACAAAUCGUAUACGACAACGUUGCAGGUGAACAACGGAGACAACCUUCCGGCCGGCAAAGUCAAAGUCAAUAUCACCACAGUCUCUCGCACACCGGUAUAUAUCAACGGUCUAUACUAUGUGCUGGGACAGAUACCGGUCCAAGUCACCACAGACUACACAGGGUCGGUGACGGUAGUGGAGGCAACAGAGGAUAUCAACGCUGCGAUCCUUAGAGUUUCUGUCAACGGAAGUCCUUAUGAAACUGUCAAUCCAAUGAAAAAGUCCUUUGAUAAAUUAACUAAUCUUGACUCUGAGGACAAACUUCGCGGAGCGACCAUUCAUGAGAGCAUCACAGCAGGGGGUGUUUUCGGGACCGAGAAGCUUGUCCCCCUCGUCGAUCCCUCUACCAGAUCCGGGGAUGCCAAGGGCGUAGCGCAAGCCUUGAAUACGUUCAAGGGAAUCCAUACAGAUGCUCUGUCCAGGCCAGGCUCUGUACAUGACAAUUUCAACCACGGUGUGAUACCCUCGACUCUCUUCCACGCUGCCAGCACGCGGUGGGGAGAGGACAUUGCUCUCCCGAUUGGUGAUCUUUUCCAAUGGCUGAAGACUGGCAUUGAAUAUGUCAUUGACUUCGUCAAGGACGCUGCUACUGAUACUUGGCAUUUCAUCACGGAGGUCGGUGGGAAGGUGUACCGGGCGAUCUUAGACACACCUGAGGCUGUCGUUGGUGUGCUGAAAUUCCUGUUUAAUACCCUAAAAACAGGUAUUGGAUCGAUCUUUCGAUAUGUCCAGUUCCUAUUCCACUGGAAUGACAUUCGCAGGACCAAGGAUGUUCUGCACAACAUUGUUCGACUCUACCUUCGCUCCCAGACAGACGAAAUCCCCAGGGCAAAACAAGCAUUUGACGCAGAGAUUGACAGCCUGAAGAAUUCUGUGUCUGAAUGGGCAGGCACAGACUAUUCUUCCCUCGGUGAUAUUGUCUCGAAGCCUGCCGCGUCUAGUGCUUCAGAUCCAACUAAGCGACAGACGUCGGGAUCCCGGUUGCUGGCUCACCACUUUCGCAACAAUGCUGCGGAUCUGACUAUGGAAGGAGAGGGACACACGUUGGAUGUCGUUCAGGAUGUCAUAAAUGACCUGCUCAGUGCGCUAUCCCAGGAGGGAGCAGUACUCUCGACCACAUACGAUCAGCUCAAAGACCUGGCCAACCGGUUCAGUUCCAUGAGCAUUCAGGAUGUGCUCAAGCAACUCAUCGUUAUUCUGGCUGACACGGUUCUGGACAGUGCCAAGGUGGUGGUAGAUGCGCUGCUCAAUGUCCUGUCUCGAAUCUUACAUUCGGCAGCGGAUCUCCUCGACACCAAGAUUCAUAUUCCAGUCAUCUCGGACAUCCUGAAUGCCAUUGGAGUGCCUGAUAUCUCAUUCCUUGAUCUCUUCACCUGGAUUGCGGCCGUUGGAUAUACCGUCGUCUACAAGAUUGUUGAGGGAAAAGCUCCUUUCGCAGACACCGACGACGUCCGAAGGAUCACCUCAGCCAAGUCAUGGUCAGAACUCGAAGCACACUUUGGGCAUAAGACAUCGCCAUCUUCUUUUUUGGAGUCCAACAAAGCCGCGAGCACGUCCAGUAUUCUUUCUCAUUCUAUGCGGGCUGUCGUCUUCCAGGCUGGGCACGCCACAUCAGGUUUUACAGUGUUCAAUGGCAACUUCCUCAACAUUUUCGAGGCAGAGGCUCUCACAGGGGAUAACCCUUUCUCCAUCCUAUCUGCUAUUGCCGGCAUCAUUGCGGGCUCCAUCCAGGGUGGCACUGAUUUGCUAGCGCCCAAAUACCCCGUGAAAAACACAGCAGUCGCCAUCAUCAGCAAGAUCACUGUAGUUGCGACCAUUACCUCGAAGAUCCUUUUUUGCGGCCCUGUUCAGAAACGGUUAGCUGGGAGGGUUCCAUGGUUGGCAGUCAAUGAUGGACGCGCGACAGGCGCGGUCGUCAAUAGCCUCCUCGUCAUUCCGGCGUUCUGCGUUACUGGCUUACACUUUUUUGAGCUGAGCCAGGAGCCAGCGGGCGCUAAACGGUCAGCUGCCAUUAUAGGUGAAGUAUCUAACAUCACUUCCUAUGUGUCUCGAAUCACGUAUAUGUCGGCUGUGAAUGACUACGACGAAACAACUCGGCAUGUAGCGAUUGGCACCAUGGCUAUGAGCAAUGUGACUACUGCAGGUUUGCAGACUGCGGAAGCUCUCCUGUCAGAGGAAUAG